AUGCCAACACCAACAGCGAUGGCUAUGCCUUCUCGUAAAUUUGAGACCAGCGACGGCAUCUCGCGCGAAGAGUCGGCCACGCUGAAGAACCCGGGAACCCCCGAGGAGGCCAUCUCUGUCCAGGGAAGCGUCGACUGGGUGGGACCCGAUGGUGUCCACUACAAGCUCAACUACCUGGCCGAUGAGAAUGGCUUCCAGGCCCAGGGCGAGCAUCUGCCACAGGCAGAGCACUGA